CAAUCUAAUCUUACUCUUCUCGAACCAAAAGAAUUGCCUAAAAGGCAAAAUAAGAACGAAAAGAAGUGGAAUAAAAGACUUAUAGAGUCAGAACUCAGGCAAGGAGCUAUAGAAAACUCGGUCUCUAAAAGACAAAAAGAGGAAUUCAUGAAGUUCAGAACAAGGUAUCUUUCAAAGACCAAAAAGAAGCCCAUAAAUCCUCUAUUCUCUUCAUUCAGCCCAAUGCUGAGCAAGUCCCAAAUCUUACACCAAAAACAUAAAAUUCGGAAUCUGAUGAGCAAGACUAAAAAUUUUAAGGCAAAUCAAGGAGCAAUCAAAGUCGUUGGAGAAUUUGAAAAAUACCUCAAAGAUAUCGAAAUGACUCGUGAUGAGAAGGAGAGGCACCAAGCAAUUGGGAAUAUGUUUUGUCAACUUGCGACCACAGGGAAGAAGACUGAUAACUUUACUAAGAUAUCUAAUGAAAUCAAUCUUGCUUAUAAAUUACCUGAAAAACCACCUAAAAAAACCCAAGAGAAUAAGAAAGAAGAAGCUUUACCCAAGACUGACAAAGAGCUGAUGGAUGAGUUUAUCAUGGAAUUGAUUCAACAAAAAGGACUAGAAGUUAUUAUUAAUCGCAAACCUAAUACAAAUGAAGAAGAGAAAGAUACAAAACAUGGGAAGGAUACUUUAGUGGUUUCUAAGCCUUUAAAUCUACAUCUUAACAACUCGCAAUCUUUUAGCAACAUAAAAUCAUUGAAAAAUAGCUCGGAAUCAUCAUUUGCAGUGCGCCAUCCAAUCCAUCUUCGGAACAUCAAAUCAGACAAUAACAUAGUGUUAAAUCUGAAGAGCUUGAAUAGGCCUGAUGGACAGAUAACAUUUACUGAAAAUGCAGAUAUAUUUAAGCAGAAAAAAUCUAAAAGAGGGCUUAAGGAUAACUCUAAAAGAAAACCUCUCAAGAAGAACAUCAAACCGAAGAAAGCUGUUAAAGCUAGGUACUUAUCACAUUUCUUGAUGAAUUCCCAAGAGUUUUUCCCUUCACCCGACCAGAUCGAGGGCAAACUCAGCCAUGAGUUUUACCAGCUUGCAAGAGAUGAAGAAGAUAUUAAGCAGCUGAGAAAAGAGACUAAAGAGCUCUGUGAGAAACAUCGCCUCCACCAGCCCUAACCCAACCGACCACCAAGAAAUCACACAAAUCCUGAAAAACUGAGGAGAAGACCAGUCAUCUUAGGAGUGACUGCAGACAUAAUCGAGAAACUUAAGAAUGAUAACUUCAAGCUGUCAGUGUUUUGAUGUAAUAAUACCAAGUUGAAAAUAUGGAAGCCAAGCAAGUUUAUGAUAUCACGCAAAGCUAAUGUAGUAGAAACCUAUGACCAAUUACUAGACAAACAAUAAAAAUUUCAAUGUU